AUGGAUUCUAGCUCCGCGAUCGCGUACACGCGCACAGGAACAGUCCAACAAUCACUCGAGUCCCUCCCUACAAACACCUCCAUCGUCAUCGCCCUUUUCUCCUUCGUCGGAGGUGCCCUAGAAUCCAUCCGCUCUAAAUCUCCCACCGCAAUAAUUCUGGGCCACAUCUUCAGCGCCGUCCAUGCCGUUAGCUUUACGCGUCUACGCGCGGGUCAGCCCUCUGGUGUCGAGAUUGGAUUGUUGGGGUCCGCCGCUUUGGCUGUGAUUCCAAUGCUAGCGGAUGGGACCUCUGGUCUAGUUCCGAAGGAACUGGGUUACGUCGGGGUGUAUGGCGUAGCGGUUUUUGCAAAUGCUUACGGUGGUGUUGGGUUGGCUAUGUCUUUGCUUUUUUCGCUAGUACUAUUAGCGUUUAGAGAUGAGAUUAAGCAGAUCCGGGACCGAGUGGAUCGAUCGGUUUAG